ACAUCAGCCCUAAAACUCUAAAAAUAAGUGAGGUAGCAAAUCGAUCGAUCGCCAUGGCUACGAGUACUAUAAUCGUGCUGCUCUGCCUGAUUACAUGCUUCGUUCACCAGCUCCAAUUUCAAUUCUCACCUGUCUGGGCUGCUACAACAAUGGCCGACAAAAGCGAGAUCUUCACCGUGUACCAGCACGACCACCUCAACGAGACCGGCUACGCCGUCGUCACAGGACCCGCCGGCGCUCCCUUCAGCGACACCACCAGGCCCUUCGGCACCAUCUACGUCUUCCGCGACGACCUGACCCUGCACAAUGACAGCUCCUCCGCGGUGGUCGGCGUGAUAGAGGGGAGCUCCACCACGACGAGCUUCGACGGGCUGCGCAACCUAUUGGCGGCCAAGAUCACCCUCCACCACCGCGGAUACCGGGGCUCCGUGUCGGUCCUCGGGGGCACCCACAACACCAAGCCGUCGGUGUACCCGGUGGUGGGUGGCACCGGCGACUUCUUGUACACGGUGGGCUACGUCCGGCAGUCGCCGGUGGAUUCGGACGGACCAAGGGUGACGUACAAGUUGCAGAUUAACUUGUACUGGCCUCCGUACGUCAAAUUUGCUCCAGUUCCGUAG